GGAGGCCAGCCGUACCAGUCACACCGUCAUUUCUCUAACACACACACUUAUACUCUGUCUCUUUCCUUCCACUUCUUCUUCUCUUUUCCUGCCCUCUCUCUCUCUGCCUCUCCCUCUCCCUCUCUCCACUACCGCUGUCCUGGUUUCUUUCUCUAUCAGCAGUGAGAGGGCAGACGCCGAAGGAGAAGAUAAGAGUUGGGCUGCCAGCACUGAUCAGGACUCUCAUAGGAGGCAGGAGUUUGUAAGGAUGCCUGUCGCCGCAGCCUGUGUGUAACCCCACCCUUACCAUUCGCUCUUGCAGCAGCUCAGUGUCGCUCGAGCUUCACUUUGAGUCUUUAAAACUUUCGCUAUUGCCCAUAAAUGGCAGUGUUACUCUGAAGUGCAUUUGUUUUGGAAUCAAAAUCUUUGCUCAGAGAGUGAUUUGUGCCCUACUGUCUAGGAAAGGUGCUUUGUGUAGUCAAACGUGAAGCUGACGUCAGUGAAAAUGCUGGAGAUGGUGAAAGACAGAGUACUGGAGGUCUAUGAAAGCCUCUUAGCAGGAAGAGACCCAAGGUUGAAGGAUUACCUCCUAAUGGAGAGUCCUGGCAGUAUGACUGCUAUUCUGCUUGCUUAUCUUUUCUUUGUACUGUACGCCGGCCCUAAGUUUAUGGCCAACCGCAAACCCUACCAGUUGAAAGAAGCUAUGAUCAUUUACAACCUGUCCUUGGUUGUCCUCUCUGCAUAUAUAGUAUAUGAGUUCUUGAUGUCGGGGUGGGCGACAGGAUACACGUGGAGGUGUGACCCAUGUGAUUAUUCAAACAGCCCUCAAGGACUCAGAAUGGCAAGAGUCUCCUGGUUAUUUCUGUUUUCAAAGUUCAUUGAGCUUAUGGACACGGUGUUUUUUGUGCUGCGUAAGAAACACAGUCAGAUCACCUUCCUGCACAUCUUCCACCAUUCCUUCAUGCCCUGGACAUGGUGGUGGGGCGUGAGCUAUGCGCCAGGUGGAAUGGGCUCCUUCCAUGCCAUGAUCAACUCUUGUGUCCAUGUGAUCAUGUACUCCUACUAUGGCCUUUCUGCUGCCGGACCUCGCUUCCAGAAGUUCCUCUGGUGGAAGAAAUACAUGACUGCAAUUCAGCUGAUUCAGUUUGUGUUGGUGUCUCUUCAUGUAACCCAGUGGUACUUCAUGAAGAGCUGCGACUACCAGGUGCCUCUGUUCAUUCACCUCAUCUGGAUGUACGGAACCUUCUUCUUCGUGCUGUUCUCUAACUUCUGGUACCAGGCGUACGUGAAGGGCAAGAGGCUACCGAAGAACACCCAACACCUCGCCCAGAAUGGCAAGGCUAAUGGAUCAACCACAGUGGCCAACGGCUCGUCGGUUGUUUCAAACGGCCACGGUGUACAUGAAAAUGGCCAGAGCAACGGGAAGAAACACCAUGAGAAUGGAAGCACUCUCAACGGAAAGAUGAAGAAAGCCUGAGAGCUCAGGAGAAGACGACCCAAAACGGAUGACCAGGAGAACCUGCACUAUGGCACUAUGGAGUCCAAAGAGUGUUUUGGGACUUUUCAUUUUCAAAUCUUGAGUUCUUUUUAAUGUGUACAUUAAACAAGUACAUGGGGAUAUGAAUGCUUUUGACCCCGUUUGUAUAUUUUUUUUUUUUUUUUUUUUUUUUUUUUGGUCAUAAAUUAAUCUAAAAAAUAUAAUUAUUGAGCAAAAUGUAUGAAGAGAAGAGGAAGAGUACUGACUGGAUGCAUCCUCCGCUGAUGUUGCUCAUGAGGUUCAUUUAAACCGAACAAAUUCAUGGAUGGGCACAAACACACACACACACACAUACAUCUGUGUGUCUUUCAUACUCCCCCAAUAGCAGACACUGUACAGUCAACAUCAGUAAAUUUGAAUUACACCUGUAAAUAGUUUCACCAUAUAAACUAACGGGAUUGAUACGGUAAAAAAUAUUGUUACUAUUGAAAUAAAUACAAAAAAUAAUAAAUUCCAUUUUAAAA